ACUGUAUUGGAAAAUUUGUUUGAUCCCAAUACACAAACGCUUGUCAUUAUAAACAAUUUUAAAGUGCAAUCUUCUGAGUGAUAAUAGGCUAAGCUAUUUCCGGACAAAAAUGAAGUAGUCAGGCUGAUUUCAGUAUUGUAUAAGAUGGCAGAAACAGAAGAACAGAUGGAGGUGGACCAUUCUAAGGGGAAGGAGAAUGUGAGAAAACUCACAAGGGGAGAAAAGUCAAAAAUAGCAGCUAAAGGUCGGCGUGACAAAGAGCAUGAAGCCAUGUUGCAGUUGUUGAAAGAAUUGCCGAUUGAAGAUGUGAUAUUAAAUAAGAUGGACAAAGCAGCUGUUGUCAAACUUGCGACCUGCUACUUAAAGAUCAAACAUUUUGUGCAAAAAGACAUAGCCAUAUAUGGACAUAAAGCAUUAACAAAUGGAAGCACACCAAAAGAACAGACUGUGGCAGCUUUGCAGGCCAAGAAGUAUGAAAAUGUUAAAGAAAGAGAAGGGCAGAUUAUGUUGGAGGCACUCAAUGGAUUUCUCAUCUUUGUAAACCGUAAAGGCAGCAUUAAAUUUGUGACAAAGACAAUACAGGACCAUCUAGGACUUAAACAGGAAUAUUUGUUUGGGAAGAACGUAUUUGAUUAUAUUCAUGAAAGUGAUCAUAAUGAAUUAAGCAAGCAGUUUACAGAAGACAAGAAAGCAGACAGACAAAGUAAGUCAUUAAUUGUAAAUAAAGGCAAAUAAGAUGCAUUACACGAUACAGAGAUAGUCGUGGGGAGAAUCUCCAUCAACUUCAAAUUGGUCUGUCGGGAAUGUUUGCCAACCAGGAAUGUAUGUAUGUGUAUGACAACAGUAAAUCCACUAAUACAGCAACAGAAAUUUUCCUCUUCCAGUUUGUAAUAUCAAGACAAUAAUCAGAACAUCAUUUUAAAUUGCUAUUGACCAACUUUUAGCCGUUCUAAUGUAGACUGCAAAUACUUUUCAGUUGUCAAAGACACUUAGCCACAUUGUUGGUUUGUGAAAUGUUUUGUUAUGCUGUUUUGAAUGAACAGUUACUUAUAUUUUUACUGAAUUUCUCCUUUAAACAUGGAAAAUCACAAAUGUUAGAACCUUAAAAAGUGCUCAGGUGAGCUGUAUAUUACCACCAUAGAACUCUUCUUUUUUUAUGCUGAAAGAACUAGCUCCACCCUCCUCCCUCCCAGUGCAAUUGAUUGAUUAUUCUUACUUUUAAAGCACAGUUCUAUACAGCAGUAGCAACAAUAAUUGUGUUAUACAUAGCUUGUCUAGGUUGUUUCGAAAUUUUCAGAUAGCAGCUAGGACAUGUUUAUUAGAGACAAAUAAUGUACAUUUGUAAUAAACAAACCUUUUAAGAUCAAAGACAGGCAUUUAAACUUGUCCGACUUUGUAAGAGUUGCUUUAGAAUAAGAUGAAAAACAAGUGAACAAGAUUAUAAGAUUUAUGCUCGUUUUUAUAAUUACAAAAUCGACUGCAUUUUCUAGUCUAGGUCUUGGAGCCAGAAUGAAACCCUGAUGUCCCGUAUGAAGCCUGUAUAAGUUAAUGGAUUGACCGAAACCAGUUCAAGUGACGCCUAAAGCAUAUAGAAAAUACAGAAAAUAUCAUGAAGUAUAAAAGGCAAAACACAAUUUCCUCUCCUAUAAUUGGCAGAAUGUAUAAGCCAAGGAAUCACUUGGCAUGUUUUUUGUUGGAGAGGAAGAGAGCCUGUUCCCCAAUAUUACUCUUAUUGAUCAGAACUGACAUGGUCUGAUGAUUGUUGACAGGAAUGUCAUUGUUUCAGGACUGUUGACAGAUUUUUAGGGACUGCAGAUUGUCAGUUGCACUGAAUGAAGUGUCUAUUCUGCUAGCAUAGUGAAGGAAGUUAAAGGUUCUGAUUGUUUUGGGGGCAUUUGUUGAUAUGCAGGCUGGUCUUGAUCUGCACUGGUCGCAAAGGCUGAAUCACUUGCUUCCAGCAGGCCAAAGAUUAAAGAAACAUUUUGUUUUGAAUGUGUUGCACAGUGAUAUACACUAAUGAUGGAGAGUGAGACACAGCCAUAGAAUACAGUCAUAAAAGCUUACACUUUAAAGAGCCUCUGUAGUUACAUAGUUUUCUAUUAUAUUGAAAAAGAACAACAUACUGAUUUGAGAUUUUGAAUCAUUUAAACAGUUUAUUUGUAUCUUUUGUCACAAGUUUUGAUGUUUUUUCUCAAAGUAAAUGAUAACAGCAGUAUCUCCCUAUAGAAUAACUUAAGUUUUAUUAUCCCUUGCCUUUUUCUGUCAGCUAAAAUGCUGAGUUUGCAGACCAGUCCCAAAAGAAUGUGAUUGGUCAUUUGUGAGCACAGUCUCAGAACUAACUAAUAGCACAAUAGCAUGCUGAGGCUGGUUCACAGACUCUGUUUUACAGUCUUUUAAGCCAGUAUUAUUUGCUUUUAUGGUCAUAUCUUAAUGUCUGUAGCCAAAAUAAACUGAUAUCCUAUGUGAAGGAAAAGCUAGGCUGAAACUGGUUCCAGUGACACCUAACACAGAGAACAUGAAAGAUAUUAAUUACAUGGAAUAUUAAAACCUCCCAUAUAAUUGGCAGAAUGUAUUGGCAGAGGAAUCACUUGGCAUGUUUUUUGUUGGAGAGGAAAAGAAUAUGAUGAUCUGUCAAUAUUAUUUUAUUGAUUAGAACUGUCAUUGUCUGAUGAUUACGGGUAUUGACAGACUGCCGGAAAACAUGCAAUAUCAAGCAGAUAUGGAAGUACUUUGAAGUACUUAAACCUUACCAUGCUGGACACAAUUGGUUCUGCCUUUGCGACCAGUGCAGAUCAUGACCAGCCUGCACAUCCAUGCAGUCUGAUCAAGAUCUGCACCGUUCGCCAUUCAGGCGGUAUCUUUUUGGUAAGCACUCUUUUUAACAGUAAAUUGUACUGUCCAAAUUGAAGAAUGGACAAGUUCAUUAUAUAGAAAUUUAGCAGGAUAAGGGUUAAUGUAUAAGGUGGAUAGCAUGUGGCCCGAGAUAUCCUUGUUACAGUUGUGAAUUUGUCAUUCCAUUAUAACACUUUAGACAAUGACUCAGACAGUAAGUGGAAAUUGAUCAAACUUGGUCUGGAAGCAUCCAUGCAUGGACCUCAUAGAUCAACAUUAAUUAAGGACUGAAAGGUUUGAAAAUAAACAAAAAUCUUAAACCACAUUAAAUCUGAUAAAGUACAGUAUGUGUAUGAUAACUUCGGAGUGACAUCACGUUUGUUUAUAUUUUCUGGACUUAUAGAAAUAACAAAAUAAGUAAAGCAGCUUACAUAAACAAUAAUAUUGGGAAUAUUUUAUUGCAACACGUCUGUCAGUCCCGGUAGCUCAGUGUUUAAGCCUUAGUCUUUGAAAUUUCGAAUAUUGCGGGCCGUAGGUUUGAAUCGAGCGGAGUGUUGUUGUUUUUUUUUUUUGUUCUUUUGGUUUCUCUUUCAAGGUAACCACCAUAAUCAUUCAUUUCUCCUGGAAUAUAUUUUUAUUUAUUUAGAUAAAGGGGACCAAGCAUCAGCUCUGUGUAAACACAUCGUAUUAUGAAUGCAUAGUCAAGAAAACACUCGUAAAUUUCGUGCAGGUUAAAUUCCUCUGGUAUAUUGCCAGUAUUACUGUAGUCAACAUGUCGAGGCAUCCACGUCUUUUUUGCAAAGAGAAACACUGUUCAGUAUAAGAAUGAUGCUUAAUGCAUACUACAAACUUUUCUGAAGGUUAUUUCAAGCAUAAUCUUUUUUUUUCAUAUUUCAGUUCGUUAUUAUAUACCGUAGUGCUGUAUUGCUGCAUUUUCAAUAUUUUCAAUUGUCUUUGGAAAACUGUAAUUAAAACAUAGAUAAAAAGCAAGGAUUUAAAAAGUAUAAAUCACGUUGGACUCGAACCAACGUGACAAUGGAAAUAUAAAAGAAUCGCACAUGUAAGGCUAACGCGCUACGACUGGUACUAAUCUUCUACAUCAAAGAAAGCGUUUCAGUUAGUAGUACAGUUGACAUCGUACUUGCGACCACCUCUAUUAAGCAAUUUGUAUUAAACGACCAGUCAAAAUCCCUCCUGAAUGUUUUCAGUACAUAAAUUCAUUCCAUUAAACGACUUUUUUUAUUAAACGACUAGCGACCACAUUAAUGUAGUCCCGACAGGUUAAAUAUUCGACAGAAGUAUCUAUUAAGCGACCGGGUACCAAAAUUCUACCGGGCAUUUCUUCAUCUGUGUAAUUAGCGAGAACGUUUUUGCACACGUGACUGAAUGCAAUUAACCUUUGUAUCAGUUGAACUGACAAACAAUCUAGCCAUAAUUUUCACGGUUUGUGGACUUGGAAGUGUUCACAAUGUUAAAACAGAUUUUUAAACCAUACAUGGAUGUUCCUAAUAGAUACAGUUACACUAACAGUUAAAAUAACUUCUUUUCAUCUUAACUGAAAUUCAUUAAGGGACCAUUCCAUUAAGAGACCACUUCUUAGCAGUCCCUUGGGUGGUCUCUUAAUACAAUGUUGACUGUAUAAUAUAAAAGUGUUUACUUAGAUUAAUGAUAAUUAUCGAUUACCCUCCUGACUUGGACACGUAGUCACUCCGAAGUUAUCAGACACGGACUGUACUCACUGUUCAAUUUACAACAAUUAGCACUGUCAUUAAUUGACUUAAUUUAAAAAAUGAUUGUAAAAUCUAAAUCUCUCCAGGCAAAGAAUAUGGUAAACAUGAUGUAGAAAUCUGUUUCAUCUACUGUAACACUGCGGAUUUCAGAAAUAACAUAUUUUGAGUGUAUAUUUGACAACUAAUUUGAAUAUUUUACAUCAUAAUAUGUUAUCCCUGAAAUAAUUCUAUCUUUUACAGAUCUGAUAUUAAUGAUCAUAAAACCUUACUUCAAAAGAAACAAGAAAUUGUAUUAACUGUACUAGGUGCAAAUAUAUUGGUAUAGUCUUAUAACCAUGUUUGCAAAAGUUGCACAACUUCUUUCUAAUGGGAAGUCUUAUCACUUGGUCCUAUUCCAAAAGUCUUGUAAGUUUGUGAUUUUUAAACAUGCACUCGUUAAUAAUUUGUUGAUUAAACCCUAGUUUUGCCAUAAAUUAUGUAGCUUAAUAGUGUACUUUAAGUCCUGUGCUCUGUCAGUCCGAGAUAACUGUACAUGUACCAGCACCAGUAAAAAAAGAAACUUUUGGAAUAUCUUUUAAAAACUCAUCUGAAAUGUAACCAGUACGCUUGACAAAAACAUGUAUUUAUAAUCAGUUUAGUGGAAGCAGUUUUGGAAAAUUGGGAAUUGAUUGUGUUUCAACUGUCACUGGUGCCUUUAGAAAAUCAUUUAAAUUCGAUUUUGUCAGCUGUUUUGGGAAAACAUCUUCUUUACUCAUUCAUUUUUCUUUAAAAUUGAGUUGUAAUCAAAGUGUGGGAACACUCUGUUGAAAAAAACUUGUUUAUCUUGCACAGACAAUAACAUAAGUUUCCUUUUGGUUUUGUGUGAGGUUUCGCUGGACAUACAAUUUUUAUAAUCAUUUGCAUAAAUUGCAUUAAUGUGAUUUUGCAUUGUCGGGGUUUUGCAGACAAAAUGCCCACAUAGAAGGAAUAAUUUUGCAUGAUCUAUGAUCUGUUUAUGUAAUAUAGCCAGGAGGUUUUCCUGAAAGGAGAAGCUACACUGAAAGCAAAACAUGAUUAUAUUCUGUUGUGUGUAAGUAAAACAGAUGACCAGGCAGUAAUUUGUCUCUGGAAACAUGAGCCCAUAUUAACAAAUUACUGUCACCCAUUUAAGGUAAUAGCUAGCUAGGUAAUAUUGUUUGGUGUUUCGGAUUUUCUUGGUUACUUAAUUCUGCAGCUUCGGUCAUUUACAUUAACGGCUCGACAUACAUUAAUGGCUCGACUUACAAAGUUAUAUUAGAGGAUAGCUGUCAACAGGAACCAAGCUGAAACAAACUGAAAAUAUCAUCCCUUUAGGCAAAUGUAUAGUUAAUUUAAGAAAUGAUAUAUAGCAGAAGCAUGUUUUAAUUAAUUUUAACACAACGUAGAAGUGAUAGAAUUAUUAUACGGCCGAAGGGAGAUUAUUAAGUUAUGAUGCUGGUGUCCAUCUGUCUGUUAGCAAUCUCUUGUCCGCUCUGUAACUCUUGAACCCCUUGAAGGAUUUCAAAGAAACUUUACACAAAUUUUCACCACAUUUAGACAACGUACAGAGCUCUUGUUUUGGAUGGCUCAUAUCAAGGUCAUAUAGGGGCCAAAGGCCAUAUGACUUUUUUCAUGUCCGCUCUAACUCUUAAACAGCUUGAAGGAUUUUAAAGAAACUUGGCACAAAUGUUCACCACAUCGAGACAAUAUGCAGAGUGAUGUUUCGGAUGGCUCGCUUCAAGGUCAAGGUCACACAUAGGGGUCAAAGAUCAUACCUUUGGGCGUAUAUUGCUCCACAUUGCAGUGCUCCUGUUUCAUUUGGGCAUUGCCUAAGUCAAGUAAUUUUAGCUGUGAUUCAUAUAACAGAUUCACUUAUGAUGUAUUAUUGUUUUGAUUCCAGUAUGUCUGAUUGUAUUUGUGAAAUAGAAGAUCAUAUAGAGUAGCACUUAAAUCUUGGCCUCUGUAAUGAGUAGAUCAGUGUAAUGUCAGUUUUAGCCUGUCUUAUUGAAAAAAAGACAUGGUUUGCCCAAAUUCUAAGAAAAUUUAAUGUUUUUUUUUACGCAUAAACAAAAAUACACAAGCAAAGAAAGUGUUUCCAAUUAAUUAUUAACCAGUAUAACUUAUUGGCAUAGAACGUCACAAAGUACAAAAAAAUGUCUGAUGCCCUAUUUAGACAUAAUGUAGUAGAUUAAUUAUUAUAGAUUUUUGCUGGCAUUUUCAUCCAUGAAAUUUGAGACAGUCUUAAAAUACCGUUAAAGAGUUUCUUCUGCAUUUAAGUACCACAUAAUUUCUCAGGGAUUAAUUUGCACAUAGGUAGGUUUCUAAUGCCUUGCUAAAACCUUUCUAAUGGAAAGACCUUUGGGGAAAGGAAAACAAAUAUACUAUAAAGAUACAACUUUAAGGCAAAAAUAAGAAUUUGAAGUCAGUACUAUUCUACAAAUUGAGAGCAGGCAUUUUAUUUAUAACCAUAUAGUCAACAGUUUCCCAUAAAACUGGUUAAACUUAAUAAUUAUGUUACUUUUUGUAAUUCACUUAGUUAAGUUAAAAAAGAAGAUAAAUAUUAUACAAUGAAUGAAUUUUCAGCAUUUAAUGCCAAAAUUCUUGUUAAUAAAUUUCUUUGGUGGCAUGUAUUGUCAGAACUCCAUAGCUGAUUUUGUAUUUAACCACUUUGUUCCAAAUUGUUUCAUGCUAUUUUCCUAAUUUACUGAUGUGAAAGCAAGCUUGUUGCUACUGGGAAAACCACUUCAACAAUUGUUUGUAAAAUUAAUGUAAUAUUGUUUGGUUAAAUUUUGCUCACAUUUUUGUUCUUUGUUUUCCUGUCAUUAGCAGUUGUUUUCCUAUUUUAUAACAUAAAUGGCAAGAUAUUUUGAUUAGCUCAGCACAACAAAAAAUGAUGUGUUAAAUGUCCUGGAUGUUAGAGGAAAUUCACAGACAGUAAGGCAUAUCUUCUAGAGUUUUAUGAAUGUCAGGAUGGAAUUACCAGGCGAUCCUUAAAGAUAUUUAUAAAUUUGAACUAGCAUGUUCUUCACAUAUUUCAAAGGUAUUUUAAUACAGACUCCAGAAGAUUUCCAAAACAAUUCAGAAAAUGAAUUCAUUUGUGUGUGUGUGUUUUUUUUUUUUCAAUUUGCAAACAGCUUUAAUAAAAAAAAGGUUGAAUUUGCAAACUCUUGUUAGAAACAAUGAGAUUUCAUUAUAUAAUUUAGCCCUUGUCGUGCUGGACACUGUUGAUUUUGCGUUUGCACAUCCAUGCAGUCUGAUCAUUCUCUGCACUGUUUGUCAAUCAGUAUCUUUUUGGUAAUCAACCCUUUUAAACAGUUAACAGUACUAUCCAAAUUGAAAGAUGGACAAGUUUAUUAUAGAAAUUUAGCAGG